AUGGCGGAUCAGAGUCGCUGGCCAAUGUGCCACUUCUGCCACCGCAAGGUUCCGGACAAGGACUACAACGCCCACACCGUUAUGUGCGACGAGCGCGAGGUGACCUGCUGGAACUCGUGGUGUCGCCAGAUUGUGCGCCAGGGUGACCUGCAGAAGCACCUGGAGGACUGCGGGAAGCGGCAGAAGGCAAUCUGCCCCAAGUGUGGUGUCGAGAUCCUGGCCACUGACAUGUAUGCGCAUCGGGAUAGCUGCCAGCCGAAGCCCUGCCCACAGUGCGGGGAGUUGUGCAUCACACGCAUUCACGAGUGGUGCCCCAAGGCAAUCCUGGGCAAGGUGAAGCUCAUCAGCGGCCCCUUCGCGACGGAGGAGCUGCAGCGCCGCUUCAUACCACCCGGAAAGGAGAAAGACCCGAGGGCCAAUCUCGAGUACAACGUGGCGCGGAUGCAGCUGCUGUGGCGUUGGAUCAAGUGCAAGGCGAUGAUUGAGGAGACGAUCUUCCGAAGCGUUUACAAGGAGAUGGACCUAAAAAAAGAGGGCUUUGCCAUCUUCAAGGCCCACGACAAGGUCAACGAGCAGCACGUCAUGGCACCGAAGCGGUCACGAUCGGUGAUUCAGUCACCCAUGGUUGCCCCAGCAACCUCCUCGCACUACUUUCCGGUGAACGCCAGCGUCCCCAUCACUCUCUACCACGUCGAGCGGAUGAUCAAGGACAUCAAGAACCACGUGCUUCUGCCGUACCCCGCCGCUUGGCGCGUCUUCACCGACGCGAUGAACCACCUGAACACCAUGCCGAACGUCGUGCGCGUGUCGCCGGCCGUCGGGGCCCGCGUGAGCAACGGUCGCGUAAUUCAGGGCUGCAAGAUAGUCGUCGUCGGUGACUUGCAUGGCCAGGUUGCCGACCUUCUGCACAUCCUAAAGGAGAGUGGCAUGCCCAGCGAGAGCAAUCACUACAUUUUUAAUGGUGACUAUGUCGACCGCGGCGCAUGCGGUGUGGAGAUCCUUCUCAUCCUCUUUUCCCUGAUGCUGGCGUGUCCAAAGUAUGUCACGCUCAACCGCGGCAACCACGAGUGCGACUACAUGAACGAUGAGUACGGCUUCGAUGUCGAGGUGAGCACCAAGUACGACCGCAAUGUGUUCCGACUCAUCCAGCGCUGCUUCUGCGCCCUGCCGCUGGCCACGCUCAUUGGCGGCAAAAUCUUCGUUGUUCAUGGCGGUCUGCCGCGGCGACGCGGGGUCAGCAUCAACGACAUUUCACGCAUCCAGCGCUUCCGGCAGAUUCCAAUCCCCAACUACUCACAGCCCGAGGAGGAUGAGAUCUUCCAGGACAUGCUGUGGUCUGACCCAGUAGAGGACAUAAAGGGCUGGCGUGAGAGUCAACGUGGUGCGGGUGUCGAAUUUGGCUCCGAUGUGACGACGGAGUUUCUACAGAACAACAAGCUGGAGCUUGUCGUGCGUUCGCACGAGGAUUGCCUGAGCGGGUACGAGGAGCACCACAACCGCAAGUUACUGACGAUUUUCUCGGCUAGCAACUACGACGGACCGAGCUCGAACUAUGGCGCCAUCUGCACCUUCAUCGGCGACAACCUGGAGCCGUCUUACCACACGUACCAGAUGUUCGAGGACGAGUACGACGAGUCGCAGUUGAUCAGCCUCGCCGAUUCUUUCACGCUAACGAUGUCGAACAUGGCCAAGAUGAGCCCCUUCAACGCCACCGUUGGGGGCCCCAUCAGCGGGCUGAACUUGACUGGCUCUGCAAGCCGAGUGCUACUGCACCGUCGGACCAAGGACGACAUCCUGCGUGAGCUGCGCGAGCGCAUCUACCAGAGACGCCAUCGCCUGCUUGCUUACUUCUCGAAGCUCGACCGCACCAAUAAGGGGUCGCUGUGGGUGAUCGAGUGGGUGGAGUCGAUGCGCAACGUGCUGAACCUCGACCUGCCGUGGCACUUCCUCCGCGGCUACCUCGUCGAGGUGGACGCUCACUCGCGUAUUUGGUACGCCUCCUUCCUGAACAACUUCCACAACGUCCUGCAAGACCUCUGGAGCGACGAGUGGCGGCAGUCGGUGUGCGCCCGGGUGCUGCAGCAGCAACGCAUGAAUCACCGCUCGCAGCUCGUAUCCGCCGCCUUCAACAAGGAGGUGGUGAAUUACAACGAGUUCUGCUCUGUCAUUCGCGCCAUCGAUUACACGACGAGCGACUGCCAACUUUUCCAGCUGUUUGAGUCGUUCGACGAGAAGGGCAACGGGCACAUCAACGGACCGGAGUUUGUGAAGAAACUUCAGCAGAUUGCCAACGGCAAGCCCGACCCGCUACUGUGGGACAUCGAUGCCAUGGAGCAGCUGCAGAACAUCGUCAUCCAGGGCCGUAGUCAGCUCCCCUCGCUGUUCCACGUGACUUCGAAGGACAAGGCGCUGUCAAAGGAGCGCUUCAUGGCCGGCAUGGCGCAGCUCAGCCGCUGCAUGCGCAAGCAGCUGACGCAGCCACAGAGGGAGGCUAUCUUUGAAUUUAUGAAGCAACGCGUGCCCGAGGGGUCGGAGAUGACCUUCGACGUGUUCCUUCUCUGCGUGUACGUCUUUGAUCGUCGCACUGUCGCUGGGCUGAAGGCGUCGUACUCGCUUUCCGAGUUGAUUGAGUUAGGACUGGGGCCCAUCUCUUUCCGCAAUACGAGCUUAUCCAGUCCCACCAAUGGGCGUCACGCAUAA